AUGUCAAAAUUAUAUGAAGUUGUUUAUUCUGAUCAACCACCUAUGGAUUUGUCAAAGUUGAACAGAAACCCUGCUCAAGUUAUCUAUCUCAGCACCCAUGCUCUUGAAUCUUACUUGCAGCAUGAUAAUUGUGUUCAAAUCAAACCUUUUAAACUUGAAGAUAAAUAUGAUACCCAACUGCUGGAUCUCAUUCCAUUUCUCGAGUAUGUUGCCAUGGCUAGACCUUCUGACAUUAGGACAGUGCUGGCAUCCUAUCAAGGUCAUGAUGUUGCUGCUGAGUUCAUCGAGCAUUCAAAGGAACACCAGCGGUAA